AUAUAGAAGAAGCGGUUAACAGUCUUGUUAUAUUGAUAUAAUUCUGAUGGUGAGCAGUGUUCAGUAGUUAACGCGCCAACACAUUAGCCAAAGAAUUAUUCCUGCUUCAUUAUUGGAAUGUUUUCGCAGGACGUGGGUGUUUGUAAAGUUACAACAAACUUUUAAUCUCUCGUGCUGGAAGGUCUCAUCUUUAAAAUGGGUGUCAACCGGAUAUUUUGGAUUGAGAUCUUACUAACUUUUGUCCUGUGCUGUGUUAAUGGACAAACAUCGGGACCACGUUUUCUGGUGACAUUUCCUGCAGUGAUCCAAUCAGGAUCUGAAUCCAAACUCUGUGCAAGUCUCCUGAAUCCCAGAGAGAGUCUUGUAAUGAAUGUUCAGUUGGUGGAUGGUAACCAAAGCACUUUAUUGCUGCAGAGCAGGUCCAGUGAAGAGUUUCAUCGCUGUUUCAACUUCCAGGCUCCACGUGUAGAAAAAGAUUCUGUGCAGAAAAUGAAGGUUGAAGUUCGGGGAAGAUCUUUCCAAGUGACUGAUGAAAGAAAAGUCAUGUUCAGGCCUUACUUUCCUUUAACCUUUAUCCAGUCAGAUAAACCCAUCUAUACGCCCCUGCUCUACACUCAUCGCUAGAUUAGAGUCAUGGGU